AUGUAUGUCGACGAUCGACCCAUCGAGCUUCCCGUCAGUGUACGUCCGACCCAGCCAUCAGUAGACACGAACAAUACCGUGCCAAAGCCCGUGAAGUGGGACGGCCCAGUCAUCACGAUUGAAACUUUUGUUGACGCGGAUAUCCCGAAAGGCAAAACAUGGGAGAUUGCGGACCCACCCCAUAUUGAUCUGUUGAAUCCAAAGCGUGUGUCUAGGCAGCAUCUCGUGGUGAAAUCCCCGUUUAUUGCCGAGGGUCUCGAUAACAUUAUCGAAUAUUAUCCCUCAUUCCACCGAUUACGAUCCGAUGAAUCAGUAAAAGGAAGGGAGCUAAGGAUCCAAGAGCCCUAUGCCGUUCUGUUUCACCACUUUGAUGCCAUCCAAGCGAUGGCCGAUAGAACGGCAACGAUGUGCAAGACUGGACAUGACGGCGACACUCAAAUGAUAGACCUGACGAAAGGGCACAUGCAACAUCUGAUAGAAUUUAUCAGGCCCAUCUACGAAGAGCGUAUCUUGACUUGUCAGAAAAGUCUCCACGAUUCUGUUCCCCGGGUGGCAUUUGACAUGAUCUGGUACCUUCUGACACCCGGGACAGAUGUAUAUGUUCAGGUUGACGGGUCGACCCAUGCUGCGGUUGUGAUGGAGGUCAGGCCCAAUGGCAUCAAUCCGGGUGAUGUCUGGGGACCCGUGAAUGAAGAGCGGUGGCUCGUUGAUCUGUGGCGACUAGAGACCGAUGGCUCCCGUCUCCGACGUGGCUUGAUCACCACGCAGGUACACGCUUAUUCUGGUCUCCAUGAAAUCACAAGUCUGCCAGUAUGUCCAGUUUCUAUAUGGGACUCCUGGGACAGUGGCGAGCGGCGCAGGCAGAUCUUACGUCGGAGUGCCACCUUCUUCAAGGCGCUUCGUGAGGGGAACCUCCUCGCGGACUACAAUGGGCCCAUCAAAGAAACGAACCAAUAUUACACCGGAAAGGUGGUGAUUGACCAUAGGAGAGGGCUCGCAGACCCUGACCACCACCGGCCUAUGCCGCCGCGCGUCAGGGACUUUUCGGAUCGGUUCCAGGAGUAUGAUGACAUCCUUAUCAACAACAAUCGGUCCUUCCACACCACAGAAGAUACCCGGCAACGUACCACAGAGCGAGGCAGCAAUGACGCCGUCAUCGAUUGGCAGGAUGGCCAUAAUUUUAUAAGCGCCAAUGUGUACCAGGACACUGAAGCGCCUGUUGUGGAGUCCAGCGGUCCUAUCGUUCGUGAGCUCACCGAGCAUCAACUUCUUCUGUUAUGCCCAGAUGCUCUGGCAUAUGCUCUGCGAUAUAAGCAAUGGAUCUUGCUUUCUCUCGACUACAUUCAUGAAUCGGUGCCGUUAGAUGAGAGUAUUUCAAAUCUAGUUAUUGGACAAGACGAGCUGAAGACUAUCCAGGCUCUCUCAAACCGCCAAAAUAGCAAGAUCGGGCAUUGGUCUGCCGACUUCAUAGAGGGAAAGGGUUCUGGGCAGAUUAUAUUACUCCACGGUCCUCCGGGUGUUGGCAAAACUUACACAGUUGAGGCUAUCUCUGAGUGGUUGCACCGGCCGCUCCUCGCGCUCACAGUGGCUGAUAUCGGCACAAUUGAGACACUAGUCGAAGGCCACCUCAUGAAAUGGUUUAAUCUCGCGGAAGCCUGGAAUGCGGUGCUACUCGUUGAUGAAGCGGAUAUUUUUCUUGAACGACGUCAGAAUCGAGAUCUCGCCCGAAACGGAUUGGUAUCAGCCUUUCUCCGACGAAUGGAAUAUUUUAAAGGCCUCCUCUUCCUAACCACCAACCGUGUUGGACAGAUUGAUGAUGCCUUCAUUUCACGCGUCCAUGUCGCAAUCGGGUACCAGUCUCUCAAUGAAGAAACGCGGCGGAAGGUCUGGAACGGCUUUUUCCGGAAGCUGGUGUGCGACCGCGCGGGUAAGAUCCAGAUCGCACCGGACGCGAAGAAGUGGGUUCUCGAUACCACCAACGAGACACAACUGAACGGGCGCGAUAUCCGCAAUGCACUACAGACGGCUAUCACGCUGGCGGAGUUCGAGAGCGAAGAGGAUCCGGAAUACAAUGAGUCACUGGUGACGAUUGUCACUAAAGCGCACUUUCAGAAGGUGCUAGAGAUGUCUAAUCGGUUCCGUAAUUAUGUUACGAGCAUUCGCAGGGAAGACGAGCAGAAGCGCGCUCAGGGGCGCGGGGAUCGGAACGAUUAUGGGCGGGAUUGCUACUGA